AUGCCCGUCGUCGCCGGGCUCCAUCUCCCCUCCAUGUCCGUCGUCGCCAGGCGGCUGCUGCACUCCCGGGUGCCCAACUACUCGGGCUACUGGUCGCUGAUCCGCUGGCUGCCGCCGCAGACCUCCGGCUCAGCGGCCCCAGCCUCCCAGGCUCAGCCGAGUCAGGCGGCCGAGUCUGCGACGGGCGUGCCCGAUGCUGGUCCCCAAGGCUUUCAUCUCGCCAAGCCAGAGAUCCCUACAAAUUGCUGCAUGAGCGGAUGCAAGAACUGUGUCUGGGACGACUACCAGGAAGAGCUCGAGACCUAUCGCCUCGCUCUCAAGGAAUACAAGCUGAAGCAUCCCGAGGAGACCAUGCUGCCCGCCGCCGCGGAAGAAACCGAGAUGGACCCGUCGAUGAAGGCGUUUCUCGAGCUCGAAAAGUCCCUGCACAAGCCCUAGAUCGCUCCCCCUCAAGCAACAGGAUUCCGGCGGCCGUUGCGAGUCUCCGUGAUCACGAACAUCAAGCUCGGGGGAGCUGACUGUUCCUGUCGGUCGACAAUCUCGCAUCCCAACCGUCUCUGGGCAGCUCCAGCAUCGAUAUUAUCAUGGCUGCCCAUUCGACCGUGCGCGAUCAUGGACAACUGGUCCCAUGAGCUUCAGCGGCCUCGUUGCCAUUCCAGAACCCAGUCUCCCACCGUCCU